AAGGUUCAGGCUAAGAGAACCCCGGUGCAGUUCUACUUCGGUGCAGGGCGUGGAAGAUGCGGAAGGUGGUUUUGAUCACCGGGGCGAGCAGUGGCAUUGGGCUAGCCCUUUGCGGUCGACUGCUGGCAGAAGACGAUGACCUCCACCUGUGUUUGGCGUGUAGGAACCUGAGCAAAGCAAGAGCUGUUCGAGAUACCCUGCUGGCCUCUCACCCCUCCGCCGAAGUCAGCAUCGUGCAGAUGGAUGUCAGCAGCCUGCAGUCGGUGGUCCGGGGUGCAGAGGAAGUCAAGCAAAAGUUUCAAAGAUUAGACUACUUAUAUCUGAAUGCUGGAAUCCUGCCUAAUCCACAAUUCAACCUCAAGGCAUUUUUCUGCGGCAUCUUUUCAAGAAAUGUGAUUCAUAUGUUCACCACAGCGGAAGGAAUUUUGACCCAGAAUGACUCGGUCACUGCCGACGGGUUGCAGGAGGUGUUUGAAACCAAUCUCUUUGGCCACUUUAUUCUGAUUCGGGAACUGGAACCACUUCUCUGCCAUGCGGACAACCCCUCUCAGCUCAUCUGGACGUCCUCUCGCAAUGCAAAGAAGGCUAACUUCAGCCUGGAGGACAUCCAGCACUCCAAAGGCCCGGAACCCUACAGCUCUUCCAAAUAUGCUACCGACCUCCUGAAUGUGGCUUUGAACAGGAAUUUCAACCAGAAGGGUCUGUAUUCCAGUGUGAUGUGCCCAGGCGUCGUGAUGACCAAUAUGACGUAUGGAAUUUUGCCUCCCUUUAUCUGGACGUUGCUCCUACCCAUAAUGUGGCUCCUUCGCUUUUUUGUAAAUGCGCUCACUGUGACACCGUACAACGGAGCAGAGGCCCUGGUGUGGCUCUUCCACCAAAAACCGGAGUCUCUUAAUCCUCUGACCAAAUACGCGAGCGCCACCUCGGGAUUUGGGACUAAUUACGUCACGGGCCAAAAGAUGGACAUAGAUGAAGACACUGCUGAAAAAUUCUAUGAGGUCUUACUGGAGCUGGAAAAGCGUGUCAGGACCACCGUUCAGAAAUCGGAUCACCCGAGCUGAUGUAGGCGUUCCUCAGGGCACCCCGUGGGCACCUCCUGUACGCCAUGGCACACGUGGCUUUCCAUCUCGCUGGGUGAUACACAUUUGCAGUAAACCAUAAGCCAUGACGAUCUCUCCUCCUACCUUUCACAGUGAUCUCCAAGACUGUGUGUGUGCACAUUUUUGCAGGCGUGCACACACAUGUGAGAAAGGACUGGCAAAGUAGAGGGACCAACUACUUACCCCUCCAGAGCAGUGUCCUGUUGGAACUGCUAGAGGUUUCCUGCGGUGCAUCCUUGGAUCGCUUUCUGCCUCCUAGAGCCCAGUAGUUUUGACUUGUGUGAUGGGGACACAGUACAGCCUGAAGCUUCUUUUAGUCUCAGCACGGAGGGGCAAUGCCACUGGGUAGGACUUCUACUUCUUGUUUUUCCUCCACGAUCCCCUCUUUUACUCUCUUUACAUUCUCCUUCAUAUGCUGCUUUGGCUAAUCUUAUUCAUUCAUGGUCCGUCCAUGUAGUCAUUUUCAAGAGAAAGGUAUUCAAGAGAAAGGUGUGAAUGUGUUUGGGCCACAAGCAUUAUUUUCGGUCUUUAAUAACAUCUAUACUAUAGAUGUAUUCAUUAUGAACAGCUUAUUGUCAUGAUCAUAUUUCACUGGAAUUAAACUUAGAGCAAAAGAAAAUAUUCAUGUUUCAAAAAAAAAAUUUUAAAAACCCUGACAAACUGCUAGGACGCCAUCCGGUACACAGUAGAAGCAGAAGAGUUGACUUUUAUGUGUCAGAUGAUGAGUUUUUCAAACCUUUUCUCCAUAAAUCUUAAGAGCCAUCCCUGAGUAUCAGAACGCUAGAGAUGGCAAGACAUUUUUAUCAUAAAGGCAUCCUAUCUCUCGGGAUAAAAUUCUGAACAAAAGUAAGAAAGUGAUAGAUACAUAAAUAUAAUCUCCCUACAACUUGUGGUAUGAAAACUUUCUGGUUAGAGUGUCUCUAAUUUUGUUGACUACGUUUUCUUUUGUAAAGAUACAGAGGAGAAUGAGUCCACACCCACGGGCCCCUCCUCUGUCUCUGGGAAGCAAGGGGUGGUUUUUCAUUCUUCAUCCUGAGUGAGCCCCCACUUGGCAAAGGCUCCAUCUCAGGGGGAACUCAUGUUUCUCAUCUGCAAAGCAAAGCUGUCACCCCCCUGUUCUGUUCUUCGCGGCCUUGCCUGAGGAUCCGUGUUCUGUGUGAACCAUGAGAAUUCCUCAUUUUGGUAGAGAAUCAGGUUCCUUAGAGAUCAAUAAGCCAGCAUGCUGAGGCCCAGACACUGCAGGCCACCGCCCUUCUGAAGGAUGGCCCCUUCUCUUCCCCAUGUGCUUGUUUCCAGGAGACAGUACCGAGCUCUGCAGUGGUAUGGGGAGGAUUAGGGUCCCUGCGGCUGGGUAGUCAUAACCUUAACUUGCCUUGAGAGAGUGGAUUGAGAAAAAGCUUGGGUUUUGCUUAUUUGUGAGUUUGGAGAAAACACCCUUUUCUGGGGUUGUCAAGUUAUAAACAUCAAGUUAUUCUUAGAAGUCUUUAUUAACUUUUUGCUGGCUUCAUUGGGAAUUCCCUCUGUUUUAUUCCUGAUACUAGUAUCUGCCCAUGGUCAGCAAGGCAGGAGCUUUUCCAGUUUGCUGGUAUUUGCAAAGAACCUUUGUUUCUGCCUCAUUUUUUUCCUAGUUAUUUACAUAUUAUCCAUAUAGAUUAUUAGCUCUACUUGUUUUAAUUAUCUUUUUGUUUUCUUUGACUUAAAGUAAAACUUUUCUAGUUCCUUGAGUUAAAACUUAGGUUCCAUAUUUGGAAAUCUUUCUUAAUUGUUGCUAUAAGCAUUUACUUAUAAGCAUUUAAUUAUCUAGAUGCUAUUCUCAUCCCACAUGUGCCGACAUUGUCCGGCAUUAUAUUAAUUUAUGUUGAGGUUUCCUUUUAUGAAUUAUUAAGCAAUAUUCAAUGCUCAUAUUUUUAGAGAUUUAAAAGAUUGAUACUGGCUGGGAAGAUGACUUAGUGGUUGAGAGCACUGGCUGCCUGCCCUGGAACGCACUCUGUAGACCAGGCUGGCCUUGAACUCAGAAAAUCACCUGCCUCUGCCUCCCAAGUGCUGGGACUAAAAGCAUGCACUACCACUGCCCGGCUACUGGCUACUCUUUCAAAGGACCCAGGUUUGAUUCCUAGGACCAUGUGGUGGCUCACAAACAUCUCUAACUUCAGUUCUAGGGGAUCUGAUGCCCUCUUCUGGCCUCGGUGGGUACCACAAGUGCAUCCGAUGCCCAGGCAUCUGUGCAGACAAAACACAUAAGAAUAAAUCUUUUAAAAGUUGGAACUGGCUUCUAGGUGUAGUCUGUUGGGAUUUCAUAGUUUGAUGUUAAUAUAGUCAGGGUAUAUUAAGUCCUAUUUCUGCAUUGCAUUUCUUGACUUUUAUUUAUUGUACAGGAUCUGUUGUGCUUGAAUGAGUGUUCUGUGAAUUUUUCUUCACACCACACCAGCUCGUAUCUCCUCCUUGGAACACUCUUGUUGUUCCCUUUGUGUUUUGUGCGGAGUUCACGGGUGCCUUCAGGCAGGUGUUGUGUGGGAGGGCCGCAGUGCUCUGUUAGAAGCAGUAUUUCUCACCUUUACACCGGCUUCAUUUCUCUUGUGGUUUUACCCUUCUGUUUCUUUCCUGUGCUCAGUCCGUUUUUCUUGUUCUAUGACCAUUUCUGGUUUUAAUUUUAAAAUUUUGGUUCACGUUAUUCUUAAUUUAUUUUCAUGUAUUUAUUUUGCAUGCUUGGGCGUAUUGAAUUCAGGGCCUUGGGGCUCAUCUUCUUUCUGUAGUUGAUUCCCUAGGCUGGAAUGCUGCUGGAAUGCUGCUGGAAUGCUGCUGUGGUACUUGUCAACUGAGGCUUUUGUUCGGUUGGUUUGUUUUGUUCCAGUUUUGUUUUCUUCAGUCCUCAAUAAGGUCUUCGAUAGUUAUUUAAUCUAAAAUUUCAUCAUAUCCCUCGGGUUCUAUCAUCCUUAUUUACUUUGUAAAAAAAAAAACCAAAAUAUUUAUUUGAGGUCUGAAGAGAUGGCUCAGCACUUAAGAGCCCCGAGUGCAUAGCUUCAUUGCUUCUGUAGGCUCCUAGCCACAUUUGAAGCUGCCGCUCUCAGAAACGUAUACCAGCGCUAAGUAACUUGUCUUCCUUGUAUUGAUAGAGGGUGCUUUAAAAAAAAAUUACCUAUUUUUCUGUCAAGCUGUGUAUUUAUGUCUCUUACUAUUUCUUGUUUGAUUUUUCACCUUUGGUAAGAAGAGAUAUUAUUAUCUAUAUAAUAAAGAAUGAAGCUUUUGCCUAAAAAUCAUUUAUUUAUCUAACACUUGUGCUCAUUUCUCAUGUUUAUUGUCCUUUACUUUUCCAAAGGAUCAGGGCCAAGACCUUCCAUGGUUGUUUCUGGCUAUAUUUCUAGUGUUUGACCAGUGCUUGCCAUUUCCUGGGCUCUUGAUGAAUGUAUGAACAGUUGAUUGAACAAGCAUCUAUUUGAAUAAAAUUAUCAUGCUA